AAUUCUGCAAGUGGUUCUGAUUUACUAUCGCUGUUCUCUAGCUGGUCUAAAACCGCAUUUGACCUAAAGGGACGCUUUUUGGACGCCAUGGACAUUUCUCAGUUUCCAGGCAGAAAGAGCAGUAAAAAUGCAGGCAGGGCACAGGACAAAGCAGUAGGGACAAAAUGUAUGUGAAAUGGUUUGAUACAGUAAUGUUUUACUAUGUGAUUUUAUUCUACAAUUUUCAAAUUUCUUGCCAGUUCCGUCCCCGUACGUCCUAACGUCGCAGGGAACGGAACCCGGAAGACAGAUGCUGGCAUCGGCCGGAGGACAUUGCAGGGGACACUGCAGGAAGGACAUCAU